AUGGCUGAUAUUGAAAUGUCCGAAGCAUCAAAAACUCCAGUUGUUGCUGAAGAAGUUGUAGAUCCAGUUCAAAAAGCUAAUGAAGCAUCAUUAUUAACUUUUGCUGAUUUAAAAAAAAAUAUUGGAUUAAUUGAUAAAGGUGUAGAUACAAAAGAAAUGAGAUUUAUUAUUAGUGUUCUUAGACAAACACAAUCAAUUAGAAAGAAAUUAAACUAUAAAGUUUUAAAUCAAAUUGUUAAUUUUGCAUUCUCUCAUCAAAAUCAUGCCACAAAGAAAAACUUUUUAUUAUCAUUUUUAAAGUCUGAUGGUAGUUCAAUGGAUAUUGAUUCUACUACACAAGCAGAAAAAGAAACUACACCAUCAUCAUCAUCAUCACAUUUGAAUAUUGAAGUUGAAAGUUAUAUUCACCUUUUAGUAUUAAUAUAUUUAAUUGAUCAAAAAAAAUAUGAAGAUGCAACCAAAUGUUCAUCAGCUCUUAUGGAGACUGUUCAAUCUAACACAAGAAUUACUCUCUAUCCAUUAUCAUCAAAAAUUUUCUUUUAUUAUAGUUUAUCUUAUGAAAUGACAAAUAAUCUUCAUGAAGUUAGAUCAACAUUAUUAUCAGCACUUCGUACAGCAACAUUAAGACAUAAUGAUGAAGGUCAAGCAACAAUUAUUAAUUUAUUAUUGAGAAAUUAUUUAGAAUAUAAUUUAUUUGAACAAGCAGAUAAAUUAUUGGCCAAUACACAAUUCCCAGAAUCUGCAUCAAGCAAUCAAUUUGCACGUUAUUUCUACUAUCAAGGUAGAAUUAGAGCCAUUCAAUUAGAGUAUGCUGAAUCAUUUAAAUUCCUCACACAAGCAAUUAGAAAAGCACCACAAAACACUGCUGGUGGUUUCAGAAGAACUGUUUAUAAACUUUUAUCAAUCGUUCAAUUAUUGAUGGGUGAAAUUCCAGAAAGAAAUACUUUCUCACAAAAACAAUUAAAAAUUGCACUCAAACCAUACUUUCAUUUAACUGAAGCCGUUAGAGUUGGUGAUUUAGGUUCUUUCAAUCAAGCUUUGGAACAAAAUUCAGACAUUUUCAAAUCAGAUCAAACUUUUACCCUUGUUCAAAGAUUACGUUCAAAUGUUAUCAAAGCUGGACUUAAAAAAUUAAAUACUGCUUACUCUAGAAUCUCUUUCAAUGAUAUUUGUACAAAAUUAAAAUUUGAUGGUACUACUCAAGAUAUCAUGUUUAUUAUUGCAAAGACUAUUAAAGAUGGUGUUAUUGAUGCAACUAUAAAUUAUGAAGGUGGUUACCUCCAAAGUAGAGAAAAUAUUGAUGCUUAUUCAACUCAAGAACCAUUACAUGCUUUCUCCAAUAGAAUUGAUAUUUGUUUAAAGAUUCACAAUGAUUCCCUUAAAGCUAUGAGAUUCCAUCCAGAUUUAAAUAAAGCUGAAACUGAAAAGAUUGCUGAAGUAGCCAAAACUAUUAAAGAAGAAAUGGAAAGACAAGCUGAAGAAAGCUCUGAUAAUGAAGGUGAUUCUGAUUUUUAA